UCUCCUCCUCUUCCUCAAGUCCUCACUGAGCCUUCAAACCAGAGACCCGAACAGGACACAGGCUUUCCAGCUAAAGGAGCUCACGCGCCAAUGGCAGCUCCAGUGCCCAGCACGCGUGUCAGCGAACCCAGGACCCGCCACGGGCCUGGAAACCAGGACCUCGGAGAGUCACAACUGAGACUAGUCUUGGUGGGAAAGACUGGAGCCGGAAAAAGUGCCAUAGGGAACAGCAUCCUUGGAAAGGACGUGUUUCGUUCCGGCAUCGCAGCAAAAUCCGUCACCAAGGUCUGUGAGAAAGGGAGCAGCACGUGGAACGGGAGAGAAAUCGUGGUCGUGGACACGCCAGGCCUUUUCGACACCGAGGUGCCGGAUGCUGACACGCAAAAGGAGAUCGCUCGCUGCAUCCUCCUGACGUCCCCCGGGCCUCACGCUCUGCUCCUGGUGUUCCCGGUGGCCCGGUACACAAAGGAAGAGCAAGAGGCUGCAGAGAAGUUGCUGAGGAUGUUUGGUCCCACAGCGAGGAGACACAUGAUUCUCCUCUUCACGCGGAAGGAUGACCUGGGCAGCAUGGAGUUCUGUGAUUUCUUAGACGGGGCUCCAGAAUUCAUUCAAGACCUGAUGCAGCAGUUCAGGGGUCGUCACUGUGCGUUCAACAACAAGGCGACAGGGGCCGAGCAGGAGGCCCAGAGGGCUCAGCUGCUGGACCUGGUCCAGCGCCUUGUGAGGGAGAACGAGGGAGGGUUCUACACCAACGAGAUGUACGGGAGGGCAGAGGAGGAGAUUCAGAAACGGAUCCAAGUGAUACAAAAGCAAAUCGGGGCUGAGCUGGAGAGGGAGAGGAGGCAGAUAAGAGAGCAGUAUGAGGAGAAAAUCAGAAACCAGCGGGACAGUCUGGAGCGGGAAAGAAGGAGGGCAGAGAUGGAGAGGGAGCUGGCAGACAGGGAGAGGUGCUCUGUUGUAAGGCUGCAAAAUGCCAGGGAAGAGGUUGAGAAAGGGUCUUCGGGCAUCAUUAUGGCAAUAGUGUCUGCUGUUUUUCUGGUUGUUGGAUGUCUGUUUAAAAUCUUUCAUUAA